AUGAUGAAAUGGAUUGGUUGGUUGUGCACUCUGUACUUGUCUUUUUCAUCGAUCAGGGGCGAUUGUUUGGAGACUGAGCGAAAUUUAUUUCUCUGGACGAUUGAGAAAUCAAAUGGGAAACAAGUCGGGUAUCUCUUCGGCACAAUUCACGUACCAUACACGCGGAUCUGGGAUCGAGUAUCGAAUCGUGUCAAGGAAGCCUUUCAUCGAGCGAAUUCGGUGAUCCUCGAGGUUGACCUUCAAGAUCCAUCCACUCUUCGUCGACUCAUCAAAUGCAAAAAUUUGAAAGGAAAGCAGAGAAGUCUUCAAUAUCUUGGUCCAGAACUCCAUCAAAGACUUCAACAUUAUUUCGCCAGUUACCGCAAGAAGUUGAUUUCUGUUUUGAAGGAACGAGAUGACGCAGAAGCAGCACAAGCAGUCAUUGCUAAUUUCAAUCAAGCCAUUGGUGGCUGGGAUCGUCGUCGAGCAGAAUGGUUGCUCUUUGUCUUGUAUCAACUUUGUGAUAACAAUCUCGAUCGUGAGGAUUCUCCAAUGUUGGAUGCUUAUUUAGCUGAAAUGGCUGCAGCAAGUGGAAAAGAUAUUCACAGUAUCGAGACAGCUAAUGAGCAAUGCAAUCCGGUUCAAUCACUUUCGGAAGAACAGGUUGUCUUUGCAAUCAACUACACUCUCUCCUAUUUGGAAUAUCAGUUGAUAACGAAAAGGAAUCCCUCUCUUCAACAAAUCAAUCGAUCUAGAAGAACUUAUGACAUUGUUAGAAGUUACGAGUGUGGUAGUCUUGAGAACGAUGUCUUUAAGAACACUCACAGCAACGAAAAAUUCGGCUCUCAUUUUAAUCAGAGUGACGUUCAACGGGCAAAACAAAUUGAUUUGAUAUUGAAAGAUGAUAUCUUGAUAAAGAGGAAUUUCCGGAUGGCUGAUCGGCUGGAUAAAGUGAUUAGCAAAGAUGGGGAGACAAACUUUUUUGCUGCUUUGGGGACGGGCCAUUUCAUUGGAGAGAAGAACAUUUUGGAUCUUCUAAAGGACAAAGGUUACACAAUCAAGCCGGUCAAAGAAGAUGACAUUGUG